GGGAGAGAAAUCGAGGGAACGAGAAGAUAACGUGCAUGAGAGUCUAAGUGAAAUGUGAACGUAAUUUGUUAUGUUAAGUUAUUAAAUGCCAAAAAUUUGCAUUUUUUUAAUUAAUUGUGGUUUUGAGAAAGUGUGGUAGUCAAUUGUGAGAAAAAUGAACAACUCGAGAUUGUGAUAUGGAUCACAGCUAUUCAUCAAAUGUGAACAAAUCACCUGUCACCAACAACAUGAAGCCACUCAGGGAAACUCAGCUUACUGAGAGACAACAAAUGGCUAUGCUUCUUCAGAUGACUUCUGAAGACAAUGCCACACCUACCAGAAGAGGAAGAAAUGAUUUUGAAUCACCAUGUUCAGGACAGAAAUCUGUUAACCGAAGAAAUGAGAGGGGUGAGACUCAGCUACAUGUUGCUGCCAUUCGGGGAGAUGUUCACAAAGUCAGAGCAUUGAUAUCCCAAGGGGCUGAUGUAAAUACUGAAGAUUAUGCAGGUUGGACACCAUUGCAUGAGGCUGCAAAUCGUGGCCUGGUUGGUGUAGCUAGAGAACUUCUCAAAAGUGGAGCUAAAGUAAAUGUGAUGGGACUUGAUGGUGUUACCCCAUUACAUGAUGCAUCAGUCAAUGGUCAUACAGCCAUGAUUGCGAUCUUAUUACGCUAUGGAGCAAAUCCAUCUCUGAAAACAUCUUCACACAAAACAGCUUUAGAUCUAGCAGCCUCUUCUCAAGUAAUUAGGCUACUUGCACAAGAUAACCUGCAAGAAGAAGGGACCACUGAUGAAAAUUCACCAGAAGGGGUAUCAAGUCAUACUGUUGAUAGUUCUUGGAAGAUUCAAAAGCAAACUCCCCGAAGUCGAAUUGUACGUAAUCUACGGCUUGACUGUUUAUCCCCUUCGCAAACUCAUGUGAUUAGUCGCGACAAAAUGGAACCUAAUAUCAGUGUAACAACAGAAGACAAUAAAGACGCAAAACUACCCACAGAAAAUGAAACUGUGACGGCAGCUUCAGCUUUAAACAGUGAAGAUGGAGUUAAAGAAGAACCUAAGGAGACAGAACCUACAUCUGAAACUCCAACCACUCAAAAGAGAACACUAGAUGGAGAGGAAGAAGACGAAGACUCCAAAAAGAAGCGAAGAAAAGAGGAAUCAAAAGAAACAAAACCUCGAGCUGGAUCUAGUGCUCGAAGUAAGGAUAGGAAGAGCCCCAAUACUGUACAAACAGAUGGUCCCCCAAAUGACAGUGAUGAUGACAAGAAAGAACCUCCACAAAAAGUCCCACCACUAAAAAUAGUUCUGUCUAACUCAAAUGAAGUUGACACUAGCGUUAGGUCAAAAAGUGGAAAUGGCAGAGGAUCUUUAGCUUAUGUGGUUUCCACUAGUGAUGAAAAAAAUGAGAACAGUAAUGGGGGAAGUGAAAAGGGUGAAGAAAAAGUAACAGAUUCCAAAGAUGGAGAGAAGAGUGGCACAUCUUCCAAUGGUGGGAGGGUAACUAGAAGUUCCCAAAGAGCUGCUGCCACUGCAGCUCAUUCUACUCCAACAUCAGGGCAAAAUAGUGCCAACCAAUCUCCCACCUCAAGCCCAACACAGAAUCCCACUAAUCAGACUCCAUCACCAGACCCAGGUGAAAUGGCGAGUACCGAGCAGCCACCAGCUACGAGUGUCCCCAAAACGGAAGAAGUCAAAACAGAAGAACCUGUAGUCGAAGUUCAUCCUAGGAAGAGGAAACUACGUCCUCGUGAACCUGAACCACCCGUAGAACCGGUUGUUGCUGCUACCGAGAAAACAGUGCAGCAGCCCCCAGAGAAUGUCACACCUCCUUUACCCCUUACCAAUUGUUAUGAGAUGUAUUUCAGUAUAAGGAAGCAGAUCGAGCGUCGUCACCGAAAUUUGCUUCCUGUUCAACCUAAACCGCCACAGGGUUUCAAAGACUAUUUGAUGAACCGCUGCACCUACGUGAUAGCAGGCAAUGCGGCUUCUCGCUUGUCGGUCCCUGUCGUUUCACCACCCCCUUCGUUACCACCACCCAUGCGAGAUUUAUUUGCAGAGCAAGAGAAAGAAAGAUAUCGGUUAAGAAUGCAGCAUUUAAUUGAAAAAGAAAAGCUUGUUCUAUCGGUAGAGCAAGAGAUAUUGCGAGUCCACGGACGAGCGGCUCGUGCGUUGGCCAACCAGUCUCUUCCUUUCUCUGUGUGCACACUUUUAAAGGAUCAAGAAGUUUACUCAGCUCUGACUCCGGAGCAAGAAGAAAAAGAUCGCAACGCUCGGUCUCGUUAUAACGGACGUCUUUUCCUUUCCUGGCUGCAAGAUGUCGACGAUAAAUGGGAGAAAAUCAAGGAAUCUAUGUUGUUACGCCACCAUAACGAGGCAGAGUCGUUGCAUGCUGUCCAACGUAUGGACUGGGAAUGGAAAAUCAAAGAAUUGGGAUUAUGUGAACCACAGAACAAACCUGUCGUUGAUGAACUUCACGUUCCCAUGGUGAAUGUAUCGGACGAUUUUGAUUUCAACUAUAACAGUAACUAAUUCCUUGGUAGCUGUUUUUUGUGUCCAACCGGAAAAACCCAAUUGGCGCCAAUUGAAUUUUCGGUGUAUGUGUUAUGACUUACGAUUAUCUUUUUUAAUAUUGGGAAUGAGUUAUUUGAUGAGCUAACUUUGGCACGCUGUCGACCCCUUUUGCCUGAUGCUUGCAUAAUCUUCUCUAUGGAUUUAAACACAAAUUUCAUAAAACUUUGUGUGUUGAUGCCAUUAAUUUGACGUUAAAAUUUGUACAGGGUGAAAUGAACAUAUUGGAAAUAAAAUUUUGUUUUCAAUUCA